AUGUUCGAGGAGAAACUCAUCGUCGGCGUGGCUUCGGCCUUCUCUAUUCUGGCCAUAACAGCCUGCCUGGUUGUAGUGCCAUCGCUCUACAACACAAUCAAUGAGAUCCACGAUGAGGUUCUCGAAACAGUCUCUGUAUUCCGCGUGGAGACCGACUCUGCUUGGACCCAAAUGAUGAACUACCAAGUUGCUCAGGCCUUCCCUCUUAUUGCCAGUGCACAACGCCAACCGUCANCAGGACCGCCGGGACCUCCUGGAAGACCUGGAGCCCCUGGACAACCUGGAGCACCCGGAAGACCUGGAAACGACGCUACAACCACCUACGCUCCCAUCAACUGCCCUGGUCCCAGCAGAGAUUGCAUUCAGUGCCCAGCUGGACCUCCAGGACCACCUGGACCAAGCGGAGCUCCUGGAAACAGAGGACCUAACGGAAAUCCAGGGAGACCUGGCGGUCCAGGAAAUGAUGGUCGUCCAGGUCCCCCAGGACCUCCUGGAGACAAGGGAGCACCCGGAAACCCGGGAUCCGCUGGAAGACCUGGAGAGCCUGGAAGACCUGGUACAAGCGGAAGAGGAACUCCUGGCUUACCUGGACCUGCUGGACCUGUUGGAGCUCCCGGAAAUGCAGGAGGCCCAGGAAGAGCUGGUGCCCCUGGAAACGCUGGUAGACCUGGUCCAGCUGGGCAGCCUGGGGGAAGAGGACAGCCCGGAAACGAUGGAAGACCCGGAAACCGUGGAAAUCCUGCCCGUCCAGGAGGCGAUGCUGCUUACUGCCCAUGCCCACCUCGUUAUGCAAAGUCACGUGUCUGA